AGGAGCCGGGGUGGGGAGGGGAGAGGAGAGCUGGGCGAGGGUGGAGAGAGCCUCUCCACCGGCCGACUGCCAGAAAGAUCCCGGCUGGAGGAAACCCAAGUGUCACUUGAAUUCCAAGCCCAGAGCGAGGGCGCCUGGAAUCCGAGCGCCUUGUUUUAGCCUUGGAAUUACGUCCUGUAAGUUACAGGAGACUCGGGGGGGGGAAAAAAUACAACGGACGAUCACUUGCUUGUUUCCCCCCACACCCCACGCCGUGACUUCGCUGCUGGCCCCUCUGGACCUCGGCUCGACCACGCUCCGGGUGGGGAGUUGCAGGAUGAAAAGCAGGAAAGGUGUUGUUGCAGCGUCUGGCAGCGAGACUGAAGAUGAGGACAGCAUGGACAUCCCCCUGGACCUCUCCUCGUCAGCUGGCUCCAGCAAGAGGAGGAGGAGGGGCAACCUGCCCAAGGAGUCCGUGCAGAUUCUGCGGGACUGGCUCUAUGAGCAUCGGUACAAUGCCUAUCCCUCUGAGCAGGAGAAAGCAUUGUUGUCCCAGCAAACACACCUGUCCACACUACAGGUGUGCAACUGGUUCAUCAAUGCCCGCCGCAGGCUCCUCCCUGACAUGCUGAGAAAGGAUGGCAAAGAUCCAAAUCAGUUCACGAUUUCCCGCCGUGGGGCCAAGAUUUCCGAAACCAGCUCUGUGGAGGCUGCGAUGGGUAUCAAAAACUUCAUGCCAUCUCUAGAGGACAGCUCCUAUCAUUCCUGCACAGCCGGACCCAAUCCAAUCCUAGGGAGGUCACUGUCUCCCAAGCCUUCAUCCCCGGGAUCCAUCUUGGCUCGCCCAUCAGUGAUCUGCCACACCACCGUGACUGCACUCAAAGAUGGGCCGUUCUCUCUCUGCCAGUCGGUGGGUGUGGGACAGAGCACAGAUAUCCAGCAAAUAGCAACCAACAACUUCACAGACACCACCUCAAUCGCGUACCCAGAGGACGUUUGUAAAUCUGGACCCAGUCCAAACACACAGAGUGGCCUUUUCAACACUCCUCCCCCGACCCCACCAGACCUCAACCAGGAUUUUAGUGGGUUCCAGCUGCUGGUGGAUGUGGCACUCAGACGGGCUGCCGAGAUGGAGCUCCAGGCCAAGCUCACAGCCUAACCCUUCUUUUCCCAGCACAACAGUUCUCAUAAACAACGGUCCUGAUUGCCGGGGUGAUGGCAAGAGAUAGAUUGCAUUAUUUUAUAUAUUUUUUUAUUAAUAUUUGCACAUGGGAUUGCUAAAAUGAAGCUUCCUGUUACUGAGACGUCUUCAAUGGAAUACAGUCAUUCCAAGAACUUUAAACUCAAAGCUACUGUAGAAACAAAGGGUUUUCUUUUUUUUUUUUUAAUGUUUCUUGGUAGAUUUUUUUCAUAAUGUGAGAUGGUUCCCAAUAUCAUGUGAUUCUUUUUUCCCUCCCCUUCUCCCCUGUCCCAUUUAAAAAAAACAUUUUUGUUCAGACUGUGCAAUACUUAGAGAACCUAUAGCAUCUUCUCAUCCCUGUGUGGAACAGGGUGCCCACAUACUGUCUAAUUAAUCUUCAUUUUUUUUCAAAUAUGAAUCUAGUUGUUUGAUGCCUUUUUUUUCAUGAGGUAAUAAAUAAAAUAUUUUCUUUAAAA